AUGUCUCGGAGACAACGAGACGAGAGAGGACGGUUUAUUUCCACGACUCCUGAGCCAGAGGGUAGAAUUCCUGGUUCAUUCGAACAAGGCAACGAGACAGCCUUAGGUCAACGUGACGAAGCCACCGAGAACGAGAUCGUCGAACGAGAAAGAGACAACACCGUACACAGCGGUUGGCAGAAUACUGUGGUUAGAGUCGAGGUACCCAUACGAGAGUUUACACCGGACCGACAACUUGUGGACAAGUUAGCGAGAAUGCCAGACGACGAAACGAUUCCUACGUUUGAGGAGGUCAAUGGGAGAAAGUUUAUGACAUUCGAGAUAGCGAAACUCGAUCGGACAAACGUUCGAAGUUGGAAAAACAAGUAUGAGUUAUUCCUAAAGUCACAAGGGUGCUGGAAAGUGUUGGAUUAUACAUAUAAGUGGAGGAAGCAAUCUGAGAAGAUAGAUGAGCUUCUUAAGGACGAUAAAUGGAGUGCAGCAGACUCCUUGUCGAAAUUGUACAUCCUACAGAACCUUACCGAAAGUGAUGAAUCCGCGGUCCAACAUAUGAGGUCAUCAGGAGAGAUAUGGGCGUACCUUAUGGAGAAAUAUGAAAGGCGCACGGAAGUAGACGUUGCGUAUGCGAUUCGCGAUGUAAUAACAUGGAAAAUGAGCUCUACAACGACAGUAGAGGCAGGACUACAGCAGUUGGAACAGAGGCAUACAGAGCUAGUUGACGUGAGUGGCGGAGAAGUGAAAUUGCCAGAGAAGACGAUUAUGGUUAUUUUUCUGGAAGGAUUACCGUCAGAGUACGAUUCUAUGAAGUUCUCAAUACUGGGAGCUGGGGACCUAUCGAGAGGGCUUGUACUAUCACGAUUACAACAGCAAGAGCGCAUGCAAGGUGGCAGUACCAAUAAGACCAUCGGAGCCAAUGAAUCGGCCAACCGCGCAUCUGAUAUUAAGUGCUUCAACUGUAACGAGAUGGGUCAUUUUGCGAGGAAUUGUCCAAAACCAGACAAACGAAAGAAGUCGAAAGAAGAGUCUAGAGAUGACUCUCAAGAGAGCUCAAAGACGCGAAGCUCUAGAAAGAAAGCACACGAGAAGAGAAGUAAGAAAGUUAGGUUUAAGGGAAAGGCUAGGAAUGCUUCUAAAGAAUCUGAUACUGAGGAUGAGAGUGUCAGCGAGGAAAGCAGCGAAGAAAGUGCAUAUAAGGUGUGGAUUGGAGUUCAUUAUGCAGAUCGAGCUACAAGCAUAGACCCAGACCAAAGUGAGCAAAAGGUCAAGAAGUGGACUAUUGAUGGAGGUGCAACGAGUCACUGCACCGGCGAUAUUCAAUGCCUAGAAAAACUUGACACAAGAUACAGAGGCGUCCUAAAGACUGCAGGAGGAAACCUUAAGAUUAUGGGAAAAGGGAUUGCUAGAGUUCCUCUUAUGGAUGGAGGAGUGGCAAGGUUGAAUAAUGUUUUAUAUGUGCCAGACAUGGAAGAAAACCUUCUCUCGACACAAGUGUUGUAUCGAGAUGGAAUCUACAAUGCUCAUGAGAAGGAUGGAUAUCGAUUCUACAGAAAGGAUCGAAAGACUCUGGCUACAGGCUACAAUAUCGGUCGAACGAGUUAUCUAGGCUCAGUGGAGUCCCAGGAUACACUCAUGACAAGAUCAAGGCGAAUGAAUAAGGAUGAAGAGGCUCGAAUAGUGUCCAGAGAACCAGAUUGGGAUCUGCUUCAUAAGCGAUUUGGACACCCAGGGAAGCCAAGGAUGAAACGAUUAGUGAAGCGAAUGGGUUUGAAGCUUCCAGAAUCGUAUGAUUUCACAUGUGAGACGUGUAUUCAGGCGAAGAGUGUGAAGCGCCAGAAUCGAGGAGAGGUUCCAAAGGAGAAGGAACCGUUGAAACGAGUUUAUAUUGAUUUUUGGGGACCGUAUCAAGGCCAGUACUAUUUGGCAAUAGUUGAUGAUGCGACUAGGUUCUCAUGGCUUUACAUCACGGACAAUCGACGUACUGAGACCGUGAUUGAGAUCUUGGAGAAGUGGAUGGCUAAAGAAGAACGUAUUCUAGGGAAGGCCUUGAUCAAUAUUAGAUUGGAUAAUGCGAAGGAGUUUGCCGCAUUAGGAUCAUGGGCUGAGAAGAAGGGAAUCGACCUGGAGUUUACAGAGCCAUAUACACCACCACAGAAUGGACCAGCAGAGCGUCUGAAUCGUUUCAUACUUGAGAUCGCGAGAGCGAUGAUGCAGCAGAUGAAUGUUCCGAAGAAGUAUUGGCGAUAUGCAGUUAGGAUGGCCAACUUUCUUCGAAACCGAACCAUGUUUUCACCAAGGGAAGGGGAGAAACGGAAGUCUGCAUAUGAGAUGAUUUAUAAGAAGAAGUAUAACCUUGCAAAGCUCAAAGUUCCUUUUUGCAAAGUCUGGUUUCACAUUGAGACAAAGGAUAAGCUUGAUCCGAGGGCUCAAGAAGGUGUUUUUGUGGGUUAUACCAAGAGCAGCAGUCAAUAUCUCGUACUUGAUAGACAAGGGCGAGUACGGAAGGUCACCAAUCCAAUCUUUUUGGAGGAUCAACGAGGCUUCAUUUCUGAUGAAGCAGGUGAUCGAGAGUUUACGAAUGAUGAGGCAUAUAACAGCCUCAUUGAGAAUCCUAGUGUGUUUAACCACACUGUCAAUCCAGUUAUCAAUUCUGCAUCAACUACCGCUAUGAGUCCUACCGUGCUCAACCACAAGGAUGAUGUUGAUGCAACUACCGCAGUCGACGAGUCACAUAGUCAAGAAUCCACUACGUCGACUACACCGGAUCUAGCUGAUCCAAACCCGUCCACUACACCUUCAUUACCAAAGACAUCUCAGCAAGAUGCUUCACCAAAGCGACGAUCUGAGCGUAUACGACAACCAACCCAGGCGUUAAUUGAAUCACAGCAAACAGAGCAAAUAUACGGCCGGAAAAGUCGUCAAGAAAGACGUCGGGAAGAAAGGGAAGCGAGUAAAGUAUCAACAACGGAUAACGACGAGUUUGCUUUACGAGUUGACAAGCGGCUUGAAGGGGAGCAAAUUCCUAUACCCAAGACUUAUGAGGAAGCUGUCAAUCAUCCAAUUUAUGGACCUAGAUGGCGUGAAGCCAUUGGUCUUGAGAUUCGAAAUCUGAUACGCUUCGGCACAUGGAAAUUUGUUAAACGACCAAUCGGACGAUCAGUCAUAUCAUGUAAAUGGGUCUUCGAUCUGAAAUAUGGCGCAGAUGGGCGUCUAGAACGAUUCAAAGCACGACUAGUUGCCAGAGGAUUCUCUCAACAGGAAGGUUUAGACUUUGAAGACACAUUUGCACCAGUAAUCCGACUGGAAAGCCUCCGUGUGCUGUUCGCUAUUGCAGCUUCAUACGGGAUGGUUGCUCAUCUACUUGACGCUACAAACGCCUUCGUAGGCUCAAGAAUCGACAAGGAAAUGUUCAUGGAAAUUCCCCAGGGCUUAGAGGACCAUGGUGUCGGACCAACUGAACCAGAUCAGGUCUGUGAGAUCUUACAAUCGCUGUAUGGCUUACGGCAAUCUGCCAACCUCUGGAAUCAGAAAGUCAAGUCAUUCGUUAACACUAUUGGUUUUAAGCCUUCAACAGCUGAUUCAAGUGUCUUUAUCAAUGAACGAGGAGUCAUCAUUGCGCUAUACGUGGAUGAUAUCUUAGUGUUCGGUAAAGCAACUAAGGACAUUGACUGGACAAAGAGGAAACUCAAGAAAUUUCAUCCAAUGAAGGAUCCUGGACUUGCAAAGAAGAUAUUAGGAAUCCGAAUCACCUGGCUUCCAAAUGGAGGUAUACGACUGGAUCAAGAAUUCUAUGCUACUCAGAUGCUUAAAGAAUUUGGCAUGAAUCAUUCGAAGGAUCGUAUCCUACCUCUCGGACCUAGUACGAACCUUUCAGCAGAUUCUCAACGCCUUCCAAAAGAUCUGCACUCAAAGUUCCGAAGAAUCAUUGGACGACUAACAUAUUUAGCUGGUGGAACGCGGCCAGAUAUCCAGUUUCCUGUCAAUCGUCUCAGCCAACACCUCGCCGAACCCACAAAAGUCCAUUUAGAAGCGGUCAAGCGAAUACUCCGAUAUGUCCGCGGUACAAUCAAAUAUGCUAUCAUCUACCGAGCGUUAGAUGAAAAGGGGAGUGGUAAGAUAUUAGUCGGUUAUACGGAUGCGUCAUAUGCCAAUGCUACAAAGGGACGUUCAACUAGUGGGUAUAUUUUUAUACUGGCUGGUGGCCCUGUAAGUUGGUCAAGCCGAAAGCAACCAAUUACUGCGACUUCGUCGUCAGAAGCUGAGUAUAUUGCUGCGUCAGACGGAGCCAAGCAGGCAGUAUGGCUUAGACAUUUCUUGCAUUCGAUUCAGAAAGGAUCUAAGGGACCGACUCCAUUCUAUAUGGAUAAUCAGUCCGCAAUGAAGCUAUCCGACAAUCCAGUGCUGCAUUCUCGAAGCAAGCACAUCCUGAUUCGAUAUCAUGCUAUACGUGACUUCGUAAACCACCGGGAGAUAAAGCCAAUAUAUAUCCCUACCACCGACAUGCUUGCGGACAGCCUAACUAAGGCAUCUUCAUCAGAGAUACUUGGAAAAUUUACUGAAUCCCUGAACAUGAAAUGGUGAUAUGGUUAUGGAACAGGUUAGUGGGAAUAUAGAUCUCCGGGUCGCAACACCAAGAUCUACAGAUUGUGAAUUGAGCGUUCAACACCCUCCGAGUUAUAUUGUUUUUGAUUUUCAUGUUUUCCUUUGGAUUUGAAAUGGUUGACUCUGCGGAUAUUGAGUGUGUGUGUGUGUGUGUGUGUGUAUUUAACGGCCGUGGAUCGUGACUCGCACGCUUUCCACCAAUCCCUACUGGGACAUAGGCCGCCGAGGGGUAAGCCUCGGGCUUCAGGUCCUAUCAGAUUUAUAUACAAAUAAGGGACUCUUUGGCGCAUUUCCAUAGCUGCCGUGGUCUUACAGGGAGUCCACUUCCGAGUGGGUUUUAGAU